ACGAAUGAGCCAAACACAAGACAAACGAGGGAAGGGGACCCAGGAACACACUGUUAGAGACAGACAGGGGCUAAUAUAAGAGACUGGAGGCUGAAGAGAGACAGAGGAGUGGAUAAACAAGAGGAGGAGGUGGAGUCUGGACUGAGAGGACGCUAAAAAGAGUGGAGCGUGAAAAGGAGCCUUCAAAACAGAGAAAUCUUGCUGAGUGGGCCACUGACACAGAAGGUGAGACACAGGCUGGAUGUGGAAUAAACUGGAGCCUGGCAAGAGUUCAACUGGCAAACUAAAUUAUCAUCACUGAAGGAAUUACUAAAAACAUAAACAGGCAGAAAUGUCGUAAGGCACCCUGGGGGAGCAGAAGACAAUACAACAUUAUUAAAAACCAAAAGAAGAAGGUGAGAUACCACCCACAGAGAGAGAGACUGAGUAUAACACACACAAACUUUAUCACAGCCAAUCAUACCGCAACUGAGCAACAGACACAAACAAUUAACAAACACAUUAACAAAGCCACACAGAGAGUAUUUAUAGAAUACACACCUUCACACAGUGCAUGACUAUAACACAUACGCUAAACACCCAUGGCUCAAGCUUAGAGUUUAGACUAUGGUCAGGGAGCAUAGAGAAUCUUGGAUAACACAGAAGGGCGGACUGACUGACUGAGAAGCAGAAGAGUGGUGAGGCCUCACAGACAACUCUCACGGCACUUAGCACUAUGAACGCUUCAUGUGGAGGACAACAAAAACACUACAAACUGAUCUGAACCAAAUUUUGGAUUGUCUUCUCCGCUUCAAAAACCACCUUGGAAAUCAAAGAACACCAUCUCUAAACCAUUGACCAAAGCAUCAUCUUCAAGUCAAGAGCCUAAGAAUCAUCAUCAGCCUAAGGCCAACCUGAAAUUGUGGACUCUCCCAAAGGUCACAGCUGUCUUCACACUUUGAAGAACCUGCACGGAUUCCUCACCUCCAUUCUUGGAUCUCCUUCUUUAUUAAGGAAUAAUUGCAUUGUAACCCACAGGACAUCUGGUCACCUCCCCGUGAAGGGAUGGAAGCUGUGUACUGAGCUGCCUACAAGGGGUUGAGUGAAGUGGACGUUCACGUACUGAGACUGCAGCAUGAAGCUCAGGCAUGGGGCAAGAGGUGCACUCCUGGCCUUGCUGAUAAGCUUAUUGCUGACAACAUGCAAAACACAAGAGAGUGAAGAGAGUCUGGAGGUCCAGGAGGAGAACAAAACUGUCAGCACUGAGAGCCCUGAGACUGUAUCCUCUGACAUAGCCUACGUGAGCCCCCACAAGACAUGGAUAGCUUUUAGGGACAACUCCAACAAGGGUGGGAAUAAGAAAACAAAAGGAAACAAAAGACUUUCCAAGCAUGGCCUUCCAGGUCCACCAGGCCCUCCUGGUCCCCAGGGGCCUCCUGGUCCUCCGGGCCCCCUACUGCCACAUCAUGAAGAAUUGAUUCAGGACUUUCAAGUCAAACUAAAAGAGAUGGUAAGAACCCACUGUCUGCUCUGUGAUCAGCCCCCUCGUGUGGCGACGGCUUUCCGCUGCCGACUGCACCACAACAUGCUGGUCCAUCGUCGCAGUCUGCAGGAGCUACAGCCCUUCAACGCUCCGUCAAACACUGAGCAGUUCCAUCAGAGAGGACAGAGCUUCAACGCCAGCAGUGGCCGAUACACAGCUUCCGUAUCUGGGUUCUACCAGCUCACAGCUAGUCUGCAACUGGAAUCCAAUGAGUCUCAGAAGAGACCUCAGGCCAGGCAGAGGGACAGUGUCAAGGCAUCCAUAUGUAUAGAGUCUCUUUGUCAGAGUAAUGUGUCUCUGGAGACAAUGACUGGAGUAAGUGCUACAGGGGGAGUAUUCAGUAUUCUCCUCACAGGAAUUCUUUACCUACAGGCUGGAGAGUAUGUGUCUAUUCUUAUCGACAAUGGAACAGGCUCCGCCCUCACAAUUCUCCAAGACAGUCUGUUUUCUGGCAUCCUUAUUGGAGUAUGAGGAUACAAACAGAAACCAAUGACUACCAAUAAUCCAGUUUCACUGCACCCAACAAAGUACACGUCUUUAUGUAGGUAAGGGAAUUGAGGACAUAGUUGAAUAAUAAUUGCAUAAAAGGAGGACUCUUUUCAAGCACCUAAAUGAGAAUCUAUCAGCUUCAGUAAUUAUCUUAAUGUUGUUGCCAGGGCAGCAGGAUAGCACUGCUAUUUCUUUCCAAAAUAAUGGCAACACCUAAAUGCUGUUCAUAAAGAUGUAUGUAAUUUUGCCAUGUGGUAUGUUUAUACUGUAUAUUCCAUUCUCACAGGGUUGAAGUUGUAUUUAUUUGUAUUUGCUUUUGAAACAAUGGCUGAUAUUUGUUUAUGUUUGUAAUAAAAUACUUCUAUAACUGUUGAAA